AUGAGUCUGUACUCCGUCCUCAGCAGCGCGCUGUCCGUCAUCGCCGCACCAACCUCCGACGACCCAAUCCUUCAGUGCAGCGAUGACCUACAAACCCUCCUCUUCAACGACACUACGAAUGCCCUCAAGCUUGCCGAUGCGAAACUACACGUGUACCCAUUUAAAGACGUGCAUAACAGCUGGCGACGGUUGUACACCGACGCGUCGAUCGUGAAAGCAUGUCUUAGUGUGAUCCGCAACUGCGACCUCCUCGGUCCACAGACCAAGCAAGCUACGAGACAUGGACUGGAUGUGUUGAAGCUUAUCAAAGAUCUCAAGGAUGAGACAAAAGAUGCGAAAAUCCCCUCGAACGCUGCAUGGCUUCCCGAUGUCAUUCACAUUUUGGACAAUGCGUUGCUCAUGACGGGAGGACUUCUUCGAGAGAGGCUCAUUGAAUCCUUGCUGUCUACACUGCAGGCGGCUACCUAUGACCCCAAUUCCUCAGAGGACUCUUUCGACGAGACUUCUAGACCUCCCUCCAAGCGCCGCAAGAUCUCACAGCCACUUUUCCCUCCCGAAUCCGUCCCCGCGCCCCGCCUGAAAUACCCUAUCCAGCGCGUAUCGGCGCCGUCCUUCGAUGCCAUGCAGAACCAUAUCCUCGAGAUUGGCAAACCGUUGGUGAUUACCGAUGCAGUGCAUCAUUGGCCCGCGAUGUCGACUCGUCCGUGGAACUCUCGCGAUUACUGGUCUGGUCGCACAUUCAAUGGCCGCAGACUCGUGCCCGUCGAAGUGGGCAGGUCAUACACGGAUGAAGGAUGGGGUCAGAAGAUCAUUGAGUUCCGGGAGUUCAUAGACAAAUAUGUCUGGCGAGGCAAGCUGGGGCCCAGUUCUCAGCAGCGAAAUGAGUGUGGGGGUUCCGAGGAAGACGAGGAGACCGGGUACAUGGCACAGCACGAUCUGCUCUCACAGAUCCCUGCUCUGCGCAACGACAUCAGCAUACCCGACUGCUGCUACAUCGAUCCUCCAGGUGCCGAGCCGGGUACACCUGUGUAUCUGGCUAAGCAGCGAGAACGCGAAGCAGCCAAGGCGCAGUCGGCAGAGAAAGCGACAGGCCUGAAAUCAGAUCAGUCGCCAACCCCAGAUGAAAAGGACGAAACUGCGUCAGAAGCAGGCUCUCUCAUGGAAUUUCCGUCGGACCCUAUCAUCAACACCUGGAUUGGACCUUCAUGGACCAUCUCACCUCUCCACCACGAUCAGUAUCACAACAUUCUCGUCCAGGUCGUCGGUACCAAAUACAUUCGUCUCUACUCGCCGCACACCCCAGCUUCCCAAAUCCACCCCCGCGGCCAGGAAUGGGUAGCGUCCAAAGAUGAGACCGAGUCGGGAACUUCGUCUGAUGGCGAGCCUGCGAAGAGACUCAUCGACAUGUCCAAUACUUCCAAGGUCGAUGUUGCGGCUAUUGAACUUUCGCCCGCGGAGGAGGAUCAAUGGGAGGCUAUGUGGCCUGGGUUCUUGAAGGCGGAGUACGUGGAGACUGUGCUGCGUGAGGGUGAGUGCUUGUACAUCCCUGUGGGGUGGUGGCACUAUGUUCGAGGACUGCGAGCUGGUAUUAGCGUUAGCUUCUGGUGGGGUUGA